GUUCUUCAAAACGCACAGCAAUAACACAACAGCCAGGACCUCAACAACCUCCACAGCCAACAAGUUUAGCAGGAUGAAACUGUUUAUAAUACUCAGCGCUCUGAUUGCCUGCGGCUCGGCGGGACUCAUACGCAGCAGCGGUUGGAGCGGCGGCAAUGGCUGGAGCUCGAAUCCUUGGGGCAGCAGCGGCGGCGGAGGCUGGAACAGUGGCUGGUCCUCCCAGCCCAAGAUUAUUAAGGUUAUCAAAAUUGGUGGUGGCGGGGGCGGCUGGAACAAUGGCGGCAGCAGCGGCUGGAACAAUGGCGGUUGGAGCAAUGGGGGCGGUGGCGGCGGCUGGAACAAUGGCGGUGGCUGGAGCAAUGGCGGUGGCUGGAGCGAUGGCGGCAGUGGCUGGAGUAACGGCGGUGGCUGGUCUGGCCAGAGCCUCGGCAGCAGCGGCUGGUCUGGUGGCAACAAUGGCUGGGGCAGCAGCGCCUGGUAAUCAGGAUCUAAAUGGAACUCCACGUUUUAAACACAUUAUUCGCAAUUGAUUAUUGAUCUUUGAGUUUAUAUUACAUAUGUAUAUAAGAG